UCCAAGCUAUAUAGCAAACACUGUUUUUUGGAGAUCUUUAGAAGCCAAACUUUACUCAAUUCAGAAUUGUGUUUCUCUUUAGAGAUGGCUAAAUUAUUUCUCAUUCUCUCCUUAAUUCUAACUCAUUUUUUUGCCAUGGCUACUUCUUUAAACGAUCAAGGUCUUGCUCUUCUUUCCUUUAAGCAAUCCUUACAAAACCAGAGUAGUGACUCUGUUUUUACCAAUUGGAACUCUUCAGAUUCAAACCCUUGUUUAUGGCAAGGUGUUACAUGUAAUGAUGAGCUGAGAGUUGUUUCGAUUCGUCUUCCUAAUAAACGCCUUUCGGGUUUUCUUCAUCCAUCCAUUGGAAGUCUCUUGUCGCUUCGACAUGUUAACCUUAGAGACAAUGAGUUUCAAGGGGAAUUACCUGUGGAACUAUAUGGACUUAAAGGGCUUCAAAGCUUGGGGCUGUCCGGGAAUUCGUUUUCCGGGUUGGUUCCUGAGGAGAUUGGGAGGUUGAAGAGUCUGAUGACUUUGGAUCUUUCGGAGAAUUCUUUCAACGGUUCGAUCCCUUUGUCGCUUAUUCGAUGCAAGAAGCUGAAAACACUUGUUCUUAGCAAGAACAGUUUCUCUGGAGCUCUUCCAACCGGGUUUGGUUCUAACUUGGUUCAUCUUCGGACGCUGAAUCUUUCUUUCAAUCGAUUAACUGGAACGAUCCCCGAAGAUAUCGGAAGUCUGAAGAAUCUGAAAGGUACUCUUGAUCUUUCUCAUAACGUCUUCUCAGGUAUGAUUCCAACAAGUCUUGGAAAUCUCCCGGAGCUACUGUAUGUCGAUCUUUCUUACAAUAAUCUCAGUGGUCCGAUACCAAAAUCCAACGUUUUGUUGAAUGCCGGUCCAAAUGCUUUCCAAGGGAACCCUUUCCUUUGCGGAUUACCGAUAAAAGUUUCUUGCACCACAAGAAACACACAGGUAGUUCCUUCUCAACUAUAUACAAGAAGAGCCAACCAUCAUUCUAAACUCUGCAUCAUCCUUACAGCCACUGGAGGCACAGUGGCCGGAAUCAUUUUUCUUGCUUUGUUAUUCAUCUACUAUCUUCGAAAAGCAUCAGCUCGUGCAAUCAAAGAUGAGAACAACCACACAGAAGAGAAACUGAAAAAGACAAAGCCAGGGUUUUUAUGUUUCAAGACUGGGAAUUCAGAAUCUGAAGCGCUAGAGAACAAAAAUCAACAAGUUUUCAUGCCAAUGGACCCGGAAAUCGAAUUUGACCUAGACCAGCUUCUAAAAGCCUCGGCUUAUCUUCUAGGGAAGAGCAGGAUCGGGCUUGUGUACAAGGUUGUUCUUGAAAACGGGUUAAUGUUAGCCGUCAGACGAUUGGAAGAUAAGGGUUGGCUAAGACUCAAAGAGUUUCUAGCUGAUGUCGAAGCAAUGGCGAAAAUCAAGCACCCGAAUGUCUUGAAUCUCAAGGCUUGUUGCUGGUCUCCGGAAGAGAAACUCCUAAUCUAUGAUUACAUACCAAAUGGUGACCUUGGUUCUGCAAUUCAAGGUAGACCUGGUGGCGUGUCUUGCAAGCAACUAACUUGGCCGGUCCGGCUAAGAAUAUUAAGAGGAAUCGCAAAAGGAUUGACUUACAUUCACGAGUUCAGUCCCAAGAGAUACGUCCAUGGACAUAUAAACUCAAGCAACAUACUUCUCGGACCGAAUCUUGAACCGAAAGUAUCCGGUUUCGGUCUAGGUCGUAUCGUCGACACAUCUUCAGAGAUCAGAUCAGACCAGAUCUCCCCCAUGGAGACAAGCUCACCAAUCAUCUCUAGAGAAUCAUAUUACCAAGCUCCUGAAGCAGCUUCAAAGAUGACUAAACCGUCUCAGAAAUGGGAUGUGUAUUCAUUCGGUUUAGUGAUACUCGAAUUGGUAACCGGAAAAUCUCCGGUUAAUUCAGAGAUGGAUUUGGUUAUGUGGGUUCAAUCUGCUAGUGAGAGAAAUAAACCGGUUUGGUAUGUUCUUGAUCCGGUUUUAGCUCGAGAUAGAGAUUUGGAAGAUAGUAUGGUUCAAGUUAUCAAGAUCGGUUUAGCUUGUGUGCAGAAGAACCCAGAUAAAAGACCACUCAUGAGAAAUGUCUACGAGAGCUUCGAGAAAUUGGUUUCUUCCAUUUAAUUAUUUUUAAUUAAUGAUACAUUUUAUGCAAUAAUGUUUAUGUUUACUUCAUAAUUGUGAUUUUAGUGUGAGCUAUAAGAAAAUUCAAGCAAGUAAGACAAAAAGGAAGUAUAUUUUUGGGUUGAAAUGAUUAAUUAUGAUAAUUUUAGGCCUGGGCGUUUGGUUAUCGGAUCGGAUUCGGUUCGGUUUUUUCGGAGUUCGUUUUUUUUGGAUAUAGAUUCUAAUAUCCAUACGGAUAAUUAUAGAAUUCGGAUCGGUUUCGGUUUGGA